CAUUUUGUUUUUUUUGCUCUUUCAAGGGUAUUUUGCACUGUAAAGAACCUGUCAGGAAGAAUCGGAACCAAGCAUGUUUCGUUUUGCAAAGACAGCACUGAACCUUUCUGCACAAGGUGCCCGCCAGGCAGCGUGGAGACAGUGCCAUCACAAAGCUGGUCCUGACUUCCAUGACAAAUAUGGGAACAUCCUGCUGGUCUCUGGAACACUGUUCUGUGUUGCAGUUUGGUCCUAUGUAGCAACGCAGACUGGUAUUACCUGGAAUUUGUCACCAGUUGGUAAAGUUACUCCCAAGGAAUGGAGAGAAGAGUGAAGAAUGCAUUGGUUUUCACAUUGAAUUAUUAAAGCAACAUGUGAUAUGAAACCUGUACAAACUGUUCCAUGUAUGCAGCACAGUUGCUGGCUGGAUACAGUCCACAAUAACAGUCUUCUUCUGCUUUAAAUGUUUGCUGCACUUGUAGCAAUGUCAUAACUGUUGUAAUAAAUUCAGUUUAACCCUCAAAAACA